CUUGAUCAUUUGUACAGUUGAACAAGUACGAACGGAGCCCCCCCAGCAGAGCCAUUCCAGGAUGGAUAGACUAUUCUUUGGUGAUCCAGUCUCAUCUCUCAUUUCUCUAUUCUCUAUGGCCCCAAAGCCAGCCUUCUCAGGGGUCUUUUUUUUAUAGGUUAAAAAACAGCUAUGGGUAUACGAUACCAGCUAUUGAGUGUAUUUUCGUGCUCUUCAUGAAUAAUUGUCCUUAAUUUAUGAGGUCAACGUGCGUUAAACAUAGUGAAGAUGCCGGUGUUUCAAGAAUCUUGUGCAGAGCAAAUUCAGGCUCAGACGGUUAUCAUUAUUCAUCCGGGUUCGCAAAAUUUGAAGAUGGGAAGAGCAUCUGACCUAAAUCCCGUGAAUAUCCUGAAUGCCAUUGCAAGAAAACGAUUACAUGGAGGCUUUGUUUACGAAGAUUCAUUCUUGCCUUCAUCCGUACCAAAGACGAAGGAAUUGACUCAAGCAAUGGAAGAGUCGCGCCUUCAAGUAUCCCACACCCUUCAAUCUUGCUUGCAAUCAGACGGUAGAAGAAGAUAUGCGACUCCACCCCAACAAAUAGCUGCAUUCAAUAGGCGAUCUAGUCCAGAAAUAUUAUCUCCUAGUAACGAGGAGUGGUUGAAAACAGACGCUGAAGUAAUUGUGGGCGAUGAUGUACUACGAGUAAAUUCCGAAGAUGGAUACAAUAUUCAUUUUCCCUAUCGUCGGGGAGAGCUGAAUGUUCAUCCGGGACCAGGGGGGAGUUUAACGGCGGUUUUAGCUGAUUUGAAGACUAUUUGGGAGUUUGUUUUAGCGGAAAAAUUGCAAAUUCCCUUGAAGGAUCUCAAACACUAUCGAGCUGUGCUCAUUAUUCCAGAUAUUUAUAACAGAUAUUAUUUGAAGGAAUUGACAACACUCAUGCUGUGUGACAUUGGAUUCGGUGGGUGUUUCCUGCUUCAGGAUCACGUGGCAGCGACAUUUGGAGCAGGUCUCGGUUACGCUUGUGUAGUGGACGUGGGUGACCAAAAAACAUCAGUAUCAUGUGUUGAGGAUGGAAUCUCCCACCGAAACACUCGAGUUAGAAUGGAUUACGGAGGAAGUGAUAUCACUCAAACGUUUUUCUGGUUGCUCCAGAAAUGUGCAUUCCCGUAUAAAAAAUGUGACACAGCAGAUAAAAUUGAUGCGUUAUUAUUAAAUCAACUGAAAAAGGACUUUUGUCACGUGGACCUGAACAUCUGUGGAUCGCAAGAAAAAAUUUUCACAGUCAAAAGACCUAAAACUCCAUCUGAACGACAUAUUCUUCAGGUAGGAGAUGAAUGUCUUGUGGCACCACUGAGUCUUUUCCAACCAGAACUAUUCAAGGUCACAGGGGUCCACAAUGUGCAUGUACAAAAACGAUACUUAGGCGACCCACAGGAUCCUCACGAUGAAAACUAUCUUCGCGAAACAAGUAGAAGAGGAAUGAAAGAAAUUCUCGAGCAGACUCUCGAACUACAAGAGGAAAUAACCGUCCCAUCAAUGCCUGUAGAGGAAGAAGUGGUUGUGGAUAGUGUUGACGCAGUGCCAAAUGCUCUUGGAAAUCGAGAUUUAGAAGCUCCACGGGACUUCAUUGUCGGACCUCAACAGCUCUUGGGUCUUGAUCAUGCUGUAUUACAGAGUAUUGAUAGAUGCCCAACUGAGGAACUGAAACGAAAGAUGUACAGUUGCAUCCUCAUCGUCGGUUCCGGAAUGAAGUUUCAGGGAAUUGGGAUGUGGCUUCAUAACAGGAUUUCUCUUCAAAUUCCGUACAUGUUCAGAGCAGAACAAUUAGAUAUAAUAACUCAACCAAAAGAGAUGGAUCCGGGAAUUACAGCGUGGAAAGGUGCUGCCAUAUUCAGUUGUCUUGAAUCAGCUCAAGAGCUCUGGAUUGGACAGCUAGAAUGGGAAAGACACGGAGUACGAGUGCUCAGGGAAAGAGCACCAUUCAUGUGGUGAUUUUUUAUAUUACAUACAGAAAUUAUGUAGUGAUUAUUUAAUAAUACAAUAAAUAUAAAAGGUAUAAAACGA